GACGUAACUGGUCGUGAAAACGAGAACUCACGAGAAAGAUAUUAGUCGAUUUGACUUUGUCUUUGUAUCAUAAAUCUUCUUCGUUCGAUCUCAGUGGCUCUGCGGCUUCUUACGGUAUGAUGCCAAAGGAUUGUAAUCUGGUGGAUGAAUAUUUGAAGUUUUUUUUUUUUUGUUUUUGGUUUCGGGCAACUCUUUCUUCCUUUGGAUCUGGAAUCGAUAGCCUUUCUGGGGGUGACGACGCUGAGUUCGAAGAGGAGGGUGUAUGUGAUAAUGAGUUCAGGACCAGGGAAUUUCUGUCUGGUCCACGUCAGCCUCGUGCCUGUGCUUAAUGUUGUUGGUGAACAGAAACCAAACCGGCACAGCAUAGUGUCCUGAGGUUUGGGCUUGACACAGAUAUCUCUUAGCUUGUCGGAGCACAAAGAACUAUUGGAAAGAACAAAAUCGAUAUCACUGCCCCUACUGGAGCACAAAUCAUUUACGCCAAAUACUCAGGAACCGAGGUUGAGUUCAACGAUAUUCUCAAGGAAGAUGACAUCGUUGGCAUUCUUGAGACAGAGGACAUCAGAGAUCUCAAGCCCUUGAAUGACUGACUCUUCAUUAAGAAAACUAAAACCGGCACAGCAUAGUGUCCGAGGCUUGGGCUUGACACCAGAUAUCUUAGCUUGUCGGAGCACAAAGGCAUUUGAAGAGAAUGUAAAAGAAAAACUAGCUCCAGUUUUGCGAUUGUCCCGGCGCUUGAGCAUAUCUUCACUCUCUUUGAUGCUCCCAACAUUUGGCACAUUCCUAUUUUGCUAGGAUCAGAAGUCUCACCUUGCAAUCUCAAAAGUGCUCAAUCUUACUAGAUGCGUAUAAAGCUGCUAAAGGUUUGAGGAUGUAUUCCCUGCAACGCAAAUGCAACAGGAGCCUAGAAAAGAUAAUAUUGGAAGCUGUAAUGAUUACAUGUUGGUUGAAAGUAUUGGAGGUCAGUAUUGUGACCGUCUGUCUCAUUAUGCUUUUACAGAUAAAGAUAGGGUUUUGUUGAGAGAGGAGAGCAAGAGCAAGAGCAAAUAUGGCGGCACCAAAUCCAGCAAAUAUGGCGGCGGCACCAAAUCCUCCACUAGAUCUCCCUGAUUAUGUACGAUUUUCUCCCAAGAGUCCUGAAGUGAUCCUUUUGCUCAAGCGUUUCAUACGGAAGGAGCAGAUGCCUACUUGUGCUGUACAGUUUCAUUCCCAUGCAGAUCUCCAAGACACAGUAUCUAGUAACGGGUGGAGUGCAGCAGCGUAUCCUUAUUUUGAAGAAGAUGAAUACUGGUUUUUUCUGCAUAGGAAACAACAAGCCACGGAUAAGAAGAAUGUUGAUAGAAGGCUUGGAGACUUGGGGACAUGGAAGGCAAGGGGCAGGAGUACUAACAUCUACAUUGGUGCGCAGCUGGUAGGCAUCAAACAGAAGUAUGAACUAAUGAAAGGCAAAGUUAAAACUGGAUGGUUCCAAUUCGAGUACACAAGGUUUUCCAACAAGUUCGAGAAAAUCUGUGUAGCCCAUCUCAUCUUUGUCAAGAAGCCUGAAGUGGAUUAUCCUUCUGAUAUCAGUGAAGAAGAAGAAGAAGAAGAAGAAGAAGAACAAGAAGAAGAAGAAGAAGAAGAAGAAUCUGCUGAUGAGGAAGAGCAGGGUUUGCAGGUACAGGCUCCUGAGGUUGAACUUGUGAAUGAGCAGCAGGGUCUGCAUGAGCAGGUGUUGAACUUGGAAGAAGAAGAAGCUGCUGCUUCUGAUGAGGUAGAGCAGACACUUGCAAAUGAGCAGCAGAGGUUGCAGCAGGUGCAGUCUCAUGAGGUUGAACUUGGGAAUGAGCAUCAGGGUCUGCAGGAGCAGGUGGUCAACUUUGCUCAUGAGGAAGCGCUGACAUUUGUGAAUGAUUUUCUGGACGAUGACGAUGACGAGGACUGGGCUCGCUUCUUGAACACUGACGAUGAUGGUCUGGCGAUUGAUGACUUGUUCGAAGAUGGUGAUUCAGAAAAGACGCUAGAACAUGUGAACGAGCAGCAGAGUCUGCAGGAUCAGGUGCUGAACUUGGAAGAAGAAGCUGCUGCUGCUGCUGAUGAUGAGGAAGAGCAGACACGUGUGAAUGAGGUGGAGCAGCAGGGGGGGGUUGCAGGUACAUCCUCAUGAGGGUGAACUUGGAAGAAGCAGCUGCUGAUGAUACGUGGACUCGCUACUUGAACACGAUGUUUGAUGAGUUAUUGGGAGAUGAUAAUUCAGAAAGACACUAGAAGAUUAAAUGAAGCUUCAUGUCGUUGAACUUGCUAUGUUUUGUCCUGAGACUUCUCUUUUGUUUUGUCUUGAGACUUCUCUUAUGUUUUGUCGUUAGACUUCUCUUUUUGGAAACAGCUUUUACCACGUAA